GUCUUAUGUCGACGGGGAAAUAUGACUUAAAGCAGCCUGUUUUGAUGUUGAAAAUGUCCCAUACAGUAAUCCCACCACUGUCUAACCCGGAGAGAAACCCCUCCCAACAAAGCCUUAACCUCAUGGGGAAAAAGUUAGAGGCUGCUGAGGAGGAGACUCGCCACCUUUUGGAAGAAAUUAGCAAAACUAUGGAGAAAGGGAGACAAUCUGGACCCAUUGGUCUUAAUCAGGGAGACUUUGUUGGCCAGUAUUCAAUACUGAACUUUGAGGACAUUGUUGCAGGAAAGGGAAACAUGCGCAGUGUAAAGCGAGACAUGAAAGGAAAAACCCUGAAAGACUUUUCACAUUCUUUAGCAAGUGGUGGGAAAAGUGCUGGCCCUCUGGUAGGAAAUCUCUCAAAGGGAGAUAACCAGGGUCCACCUCAACAAAAUUAUGAUGCUCUUAUAUCAAGGAUGUGUAGAACAGAAAGUGCUAUACAAACACUGAAACUUAAUUUGCUCAAUUUAAAGGGAAAUUAUGAGUUAAAGAAGAAACAGCAAGUAGAAGCUGAGGAAAAGCUUGCAACUGUCACAGAGCGCUACUCGCAAGAGGUGAACAAACUGGAGCGUGCCUUGUCCCGAGCCAGACAUGACACGAGUCAGGAACUUGAAACAAGAGCAGCUCUGGAGGAGGACAUAAAACGCUUGAAAGAUGAACUUGAAGCCAGCUCCAGGGCCAAGUCUGAAUCAGAUGCCGAAAUCCUUGGGUUUAGUGAUACAAAAGAAAAGCUUAACAAGAAAAUUCAAGGUCUACACGAUGACUUGUCAAGGGAGAGAAGUCUGCGUGAGAGUCUGGAGGAAUCACACGAUACCCUUCUGUCAAGGGUUCGGGAAAUGGAGACAGUCGUUGAGACGGAGAGGUCACAGUUGAGAAGCCUGGCUGAGAACUGCAAUGAGCUAACAGCAGAAGCCGUGAAAGCUAAAGAGAAUCUCAAAGCGGAAACCGACCACAAGCAACUGGCUGUCAGAAAGUGUGAGAUUCUUGAGAAAGAACUGGGUGAGAAAGUCAAGGAGUUAAGCCGUGGUGAAGAGGAGAGAGAAGUGCUGAGAUCUGAGAUCAGCAAACUCAAGUGUCAGUAUGAAGAUCUGAUCCAUCAGCUGGAACUCAUGGAGAAGCUCAUGCUGGAACAUCAGGAAGUUCAUGCAGAUGUUCAAGGAAAGAAUCAGCGUCUCAAGGAAGCUCUUGAAAAUGCAGAGAAGCAGAGGAGUAAAGCAAUUCAGAUGGAGAAGGAAAACACUGAAAACCACAUGAAGAUGGAGGAGAAAGUGCGACAACUUCAGGCUACUGUGAAACAGCUGGAAUGUGAGAAUGAGGAGCUGGUAGCUAAAAGGGAAGGGUUAGAGAAUGAGGUGUUGGAAAGCAAUGGCGUCCUGAAGAGUCGCGAGCGUGAGUUCCAACAGUCGACAGAGGCGCUGGAGGCUGAGCUGACAGAACUCAGAGGAAAGCUGUGUGAUUUACAACAGGCAAAGGAGAGAGCGAUGAAAGAUAAGGAAUCGCUUCUGGAAGAGGUGAACAGUGCUGUGGACGGGAUGUCAGAUGAGCGCUGGAGACUGAGGACAGAGUUACAGGACGCCAAGCUGGAGAUCCAGAGUCUAACACAGGCCAGUAAACAGUUAGAGACAGAGAACAGCAGCUUACAGGACCGGGUUAGAGCACUGAGUUGUCAACAGUCCUCACAGAAGCAGCUAGAUUCAGCGCUAAAGGAGACCACAGAACAGAAGAACCGACUGGCGUAUGACAAAGGUCGGUUACAGUCUCAAGUGACCCAGCUACAGGCAGAGGUAAACGCGCUGGCCAACACCAGAACAGAGGUUAUACAGCUUAACAAACAACGAGACACAAUGGAGGCCAAGUACCUUAAGUGUCAGAAAGAGCUGAGUGAGUACAAGCUGAAGGGUAAACGUCUGGAGAGCCAGGUGAAGCAGUGUGAGGAGAGUGGAGAGAGGCGAGAUAAGGACUUCUCCCUGGCGAUACAGUCCAGAGAUGAGGCCCUCAAGGAGAACUAUCAGCUGUUAGAGCGUCUCAAUACUAUGGAAGAGCAGGAGAGUCACAAGCUGUCUAGUCUAGAUCAGAGACUGGAGCAGAGUAAGCGGGACAGCCGUAAGCUGACCCACACCCUGGAGGAGGUGAUGGCGUCCCACACACAGCUGCAGACGGCGAUGGAGAACCUUCAUCAGGAGCUGGGACAGAAGGACUCACAGAUCUCACAGCUCACCACAGAAAAAUCACAGGCAAAGUCACUUGUACGAGAUUUACAGCAUGAAGCAGAACUGCUCAAAGAGAGGCUGGUAGCAGUGGAAAUGCUGGAAUCUAAGGAGCUGGAGCCCUUGAGGAAAGCUCUUAAGCAGUGUAGGGACGACAAUACCAAAAUGGCUAACUCCCUGGAGGAUGUGUUAGAUUCCAACUGUGGGCUUCAGACUACCGUGGAUAAACUACAAGCAGAUGUAGAGAAGAAGGACGCCCUGAUUUCCAAACUCAAAGAUGCUAGAGAAAAAGAGUUUAAGACUGUGCAAAAUGAGUUAAAAACUUACGAGGAGCGACUGAAGGCUGUCAAAGAUCAGCUGAAGCAAGAACGAGAAAAGUCCAUCAAGAAGACAAAUAAAGAUGUCUCCGAGAUGAAGAAGCAGACUGAAGGAAUGGCAACAAAGAAUGGAGAAUUGUCGAGAGCUAACCUUGAAUUGCGACACAAACUGACAGAACAGGAAGUGCUAGUGAAAGAGCUACGCCAGAAACUAUCCAAUCAAAAGGCACAGAAUGAUCACAUGGCCAGAGCAAAGAAACAAAUGGAGGAGCAUGUGAAACACUUAAAGGUUGUCCGUGAGGAGCUAGAUGACCUUGAGAAAGUCAGAGAUGAGUAUGUAGAGAAAAAUAAACAACAGGCUGCAUCAAUAGCAGAGCUGCUUGGUCAGCUUGGGUCGUUACAGUGUGAACUGCGUCAUCUCGCCCAGGCCCAGUUCACAACACAGGAACUUGUGCAGCAGAAGGACGAAGAGCUGAGAAAGGAAAGAACUCUCCGUGAAGAAAUGGCCAGGAAGUACAGGGAUUCAAGAAGGAGUCGAGAGGAGACAGAGAAACAAAACAAAGAAUUUGAAGAAAGGAUCAGACUGGCAAAUGAAGAAUCUCUAGAGGUGUCCAGAAAUCUUGAAGCCGCUCAUGACUGGUUCAAAAUCAAGUUUGACUCCUUGCAAGAUGAACUAGUUUCAUCAAAACAUAUCCAAGCAGAGCUAGAACAUGAUAAUGAGAUCCAGAAGAAAAAGCUGGAGGAAGAGAGACAGAGAGCCAAGAUGGCUGCUGAGAGAGCCAAACAGAUGAUAAAGUCUAGUCGUAAAACCAUCAGCCGUCUGGGUGACUACACAGAGCUUACAGGUCAUGACCCCAAACAUCAUGUGAUAUCAUUACAUGAUCAGAUCGAGAAGGAGAAAAGUAGAAAGCAGGAGAAAAAUAACAGCGGAAAUUCAAAGUUGUCCAGCAGUCAACAGCUUGAAGCUUUAAUCAGCAGGUACAGUAAGAGGUGACAGAUAACGACUCUGUAAUUAAGGACUCUGGCCAUCAGCACUGUUGGAUCAGAGCUGUGUUGACAAUAAGCACUUGACGACGCUCGUGUUGCCAUUUGCUCAGUGUAACGUUCGUUGAAGACCACUUGUCUUCCAAAGUGUACAUAUCUGUCCUGUCUGUAUGGCAACGCAUGGAAAAGUUGGUCAGGAACUGGCCAACAGUCCGUGAUUCACACCUCCCAGAAAACUGACUGCCAUCCUAUAAUACUCUAAGUGUGGCAUCAAUAAAACAACAAUCGAAUUAAAUCAGGCUAAAAUGACCAGGUGUCCCAAAAAUUAGACAAAAUAGGGUAGUGCAAUGUAACUCCUCGUUUAGAUUGCCACUUUAAAUCUCAGUUUGUUCAGAUAACAUCAAAUGGAUGCUCCAAUAAUUGGAUUUGUUUAAAACGGUUUGAAUGGACACAGACAUAAACUCUGGAUACUGUAUCUUUAUGGGGUGUUUGUGGGACCAACUAUUAGCCCAUCUGUACAGUUACAAGUUGUUAAUUGUUUGUGUGAAAAAAAUAACCAGACCAUUUUGGUGACGAGACUUGCUUGAUAUUUGCUAUGUCGUAUUUAUUCAUUGGUGUAUUUAAUUUUUUUUUUUUUUAACCACGAUCACUAUGUCGGAAAGUAGUGUUUCUGGGAAUAUAAUUGGUGUUGAAAUGAUAGGAUGUAUAUGUAUGCAUGUGUUUGGUGGCGAUAUUAUGCUGUUAAAGUCUAGUAGAAACUCUUUCGAUGUCAGACUGAUCUAGUUACAUAUGUAUAUUCAUCCAAAUUCACAAAGUAUGUAGAACCAUGUACAAUCCGCAUUGAUCAGUAUUACUUCUCCACGUUUUAAGGGUUUGUAACUGUGACUUUUUAGGUCAUGAUUUCUUUAUGUGUUUACAAUGUAAGACAGUUACAUUUUAAAGAAAUAGAGUUUUUAGUUGUUGUUUUUUUUUAAAUUGAGAUUCCUGUUAAUGUUUUAGUUACUAAUCCGAUUGUACUGCACAUUUUACAGUUAUGCUGUAUGGUUUGCUGUUUAUUUAUUUUUUUCAUGCACAUGAUGCAAUGUUACAUGAAGAUCUGAUCAUUAUGCAGUGUUCCAGGGGUUUGAAAGAUGAAAAGAUCUUGAAUUUCAGUAAUUUAAUAAAUGGAUAUAGAAAAAUAAUCUCUGCUUCCUAUUGUCAGCGUACAAGUUCAGCCUUUUAUAAAAUCUGGCAAUGCAUUGAUUUGUGUUAAUUGAUUGUGGAAAUAGUGUUAUGCUGCGGUCAUGAACUAGGGCCAUUGGUCGCUGAAGGCUGAUCUUUGAAAAACAUCUAAUAGUAAUUGUCUUGAAAUAGUUUGAAAAAAGAUCCUCAUUAGCCAAAUCAGAAAAGAGUGGGAACUUUAUAUGUAUAAGUAUUUUAUAGACAUUGAACAAACCUUGUCGAUCAUGUAAAUAAACGAAGUAUUUAUUGGAUAAUGAAUAUGAUCGUUGUUAAUCCUUUUACAUGUCUUUCAUUUAAUUAAAACAAUAAAUUACUGGAUUAGCAAAGCUAAUUCUGUAUCGAGGUAUAUUAACGGACCGGUGCCUAGCUGCCCUUGAUACUUAGUACUUAAUCCUUUGUGUGUCAUCUUCGGUGACCGUGAGUACUGCUUAAAGCAUUAGUUCG